AUGAAGCUGCUGCUGCUGCUGUGUCUGGGGCUGACCCUAGUCUGUGCCCAGGAGGGAAAUUCUGAUGUUGUGAGAAGCAACUUUGAUAUUCCAAAGAUUGCAGGGGAGUGGUAUUCCAUUCUCUUGGCCUCAGACCACAGGGAAAAGAUAGAAGAAAAUGGUAGCAUGAGAGUUUUUGUGGAACACAUCGAUGUCUUGGAAAAUUCUUCAUUGUCAUUUAAAUUUCAUACAAAGGUAAACGGAGUGUGUACUGAGCUUCCUUUGGUUUCUGACAGCACAGGAGAGGAUGGCGUAUACACUGUUAGCUAUGAUGGAAAAAAUAUAUUUCGCAUACUUGAAGUGAACUAUAGUCACCAUAUUAUUUUUUAUCUUGAGAACUUCAGCGACUCGUACAAACUGCUAGAGCUCUACGCCCGAGAACCAGAUACGAGCCCAGAACUCAAGCACAAGUUUGUGGAAAUUUGCCAGAAGUAUGGAGUUGUUAAGGAAAACGUGAUUGACCUGACCCAAGAGGAUCGCUGCUUCCAGGCGCGAGGGAGUGGAGUGGCCUAGGGCUGCAGUGUGCCACCUGAUUUGGGCUCCAGAAUCUUCUCUUCCAUGGUUCCCAUCUUAUGACAAGUGCUGGGACCUGACUUCCAUCACUAU